AUGCCUGAGAGAGCCUGGCAGUCACUCGUUCAACAUAAUGACAAGGCCCAUGGAGCCCUGGAGGCUCCGCCGCUUACGGCAUCCGGACAUCCUAACAUGUACGGCCGCAUCCCGUACAGAUUCCCGGCGGCAGUCCGUCUUGAUGGGCUUGGACUAGUAUCAGAUGCUCUAAAUGGAGGACGUCGAUGGGACGACCUCAACGUCAUUGAGGACGUCCGCGAAAAGGCGAUAGUGGACCCAGACCGCCUCUAUAUCGUCCUACCGGUCUCAUUCGAAAUGAGCCUUCACCGCGCCUACACCGUACUCGUCGUGGUUAAGCCUUGCGCCCGACACCAGUUAUAUCAUACGGAGUGUCGGCCGAAUUUACCGACCGCUGCAAGAAUAUCAAAAUGCGCUAGGCAACGAGCAAUUCAACCUGAACUUGAUAGGACGUCCAUGGCUUAUUCGGCGAGCCACGCAUUCCACAUUCACUUCAUAAUGCUUGAAGUCCUCUGCGAAGAUAUAUGUAGUCCCGUCCAUGAUCCCCGGAGUGAGCACCAGAAGCUGUCGACGUCCUCUGCCGAAUGGACGCAUGCGACAAUCAUGGCGUACUUCUACCGAUUGGACUCAGCCGGAUCCCGUCCGGUUACCCACCAACUAUUUGAGACGCUCAUCAAGCGCAACCAAGAAGAUGGCCCACUCCGCGACGAUGAUCUCAAGCCGGACGAGGGCCAUGCGCUCGUGACUCCCGCCGAGCUAACGCUUCUCAGUCGUGAUGUCUUCAUUCACCUCCUGAUGCGCGCCCUGCCCGACGUGUUCGGCUCUGAUGGCUCCGACAACGUCCCUGACUUUCUUCCCCAGAUCAGCUUGAACCCGGUUGUCAGCCCCCGGCAUAUGCAAUAG